CUCGCAAGUCUCUCACACUUCCCCGCCGUCGCCCCCAAAGGAGCAGCCGCUCCUCCUCGCGCCGCCGCCGCCGCCGCCGCCGCGGCGCCCGCAGAGCUCCUCUCCUGCACAUCGCUCCCCCGAUGGAGCCCGGGCGCCGCCGCCGCCGCCGCUGCCCCGAGCCCUGAACCGGGCCUCCUCGGCCGGAGAAACGUGCCGCCCGGCCCGAGGGCGCAUCAGGGGCACGCCACCGGGGGUGCAGGGCGCGGGUUUCGGGAAGGAGAAAGUGCGGCUCUCCAGGGUCACUUGCCCAGCGGCGGGGCGGACCAUGGCUUUGAAGGACACGGGCAGCGGCGGCGGCACCAUCCUGCCCAUUAGCGAGAUGGUCUCCUCGUCCAGCUCGCCCGGCGCGUCGGCAGCCGCCGCCCCGGGGCCCUGCGCGCCCUCGCCCUUCCCCGAGGUGGUGGAGCUGAACGUAGGGGGCCAGGUCUAUGUGACCAAGCACUCGACGCUGCUCAGCGUCCCGGAUAGCACUCUGGCCAGUAUGUUCUCGCCCUCUAGCCCCCGGGGCGGCGCCCGACGCCGGGGCGAGCUGCCCAGGGACAGCCGGGCGCGCUUCUUCAUCGACCGGGACGGCUUCCUCUUCAGGUACGUGCUGGAUUAUCUGCGGGACAAGCAGCUCGCGCUGCCGGAGCACUUCCCCGAGAAGGAGCGCCUCCUGCGCGAGGCCGAGUACUUCCAGCUCACCGACCUGGUCAAGCUGCUGUCGCCCAAGGUCACCAAGCAGAACUCGCUCAACGACGAGGGCUGCCAGAGCGACCUGGAGGACAACGUCUCGCAGGGCAGCAGCGAGGCGCUGCUGCGCGGGGCGGCGGCCGCAGCGCCCUCGGGUCCCGGAGCGCACGGGGCUGGCGGCGCACCGGACAAGCGCUCCGGCUUCCUCACGCUCGGCUACCGAGGCUCCUACACCACGGUGCGUGACAACCAGGCGGACGCCAAGUUCCGGCGCGUGGCGCGCAUCAUGGUGUGCGGACGCAUCGCGCUGGCCAAGGAGGUCUUCGGAGACACGCUCAACGAGAGCCGCGACCCUGACCGGCCGCCCGAGAAGUACACGUCCCGCUUCUACCUCAAGUUCACCUACUUGGAGCAGGCGUUCGAUCGCCUGUCUGAGGCCGGCUUCCACAUGGUGGCGUGUAACUCCUCGGGCACCGCCGCCUUCGUCAACCAGUACCGCGAAGACAAGAUCUGGAGCAGCUACACGGAGUACAUCUUCUUCCGACCAUCUCAGAAAAUAGUGUCACCUAAACAAGAGCAUGAAGAUAGGAAACAUGACAAAGUCACAGAUAAAGGAAGUGAGAGUGGGACUUCCUGUAAUGAGCUCUCCACUUCCAGUUGUGACAGCCACUCAGAGGCAAGCACUCCCCAGGACAACCCACCCAGUGCCCAGCAGGCGACAGCUCACCAACCUAACACCUUAACAUUGGAUCGUCCUUCCAAAAAAGCACCUGUGCAAUGGAUGGCCCCACCAGACAAACGCAGAAACAGUGAACUCUUUCAGACACUCAUCAGCAAAUCCCGGGAAACCAAUCUUUCCAAAAAGAAAGUCUGUGAGAAGCUAAGUGUGGAAGAAGAAAUGAAAAAGUGUAUUCAGGAUUUUAAAAAAAUCCACAUUCCAGAUUAUUUUCCAGAGCGCAAACGCCAGUGGCAGUCUGAACUGUUACAGAAGUAUGGGUUAUAGUAAUUAUCACAUUCCUGCAGUAUUUCAAUGACGUUCAGUGUUUACUACGGUGUCACCACCUGACUGUGUACUAACAAUGGUCAGUGUGAUUCUUGCUGCUUUUCCUUUUUGUGAACAGUGGAUGUGGGACAGUAUUUUCUUUCAUUCUUUUUGUUGUUGUUGUUGUUUUUAGAAAUAUGAUUUUUAAAAAAGAAAACUAAUAAAUGUUGAA